AUUAACGAUAAUUUUGAACUUCAACAAGCUUUACUUAUAAUAGAAGAGAUGCCAUAUAAUCAUACUGCUGAUAAUAUAGCUAAUAAAUUACGACAUAUAUUUAAUCAAUGGAAAAUUAAUUUACAAGAAAAAAUUAUUGCAGGUGUAAGUGAUAAUGAUGCAAAAAUAAUUAAAGCUUUUCAAGAAUUACAAAUUGCCAACAUUUCUUACAGUGCACAUACAAUUCAUCUAGCAGUAUCAGAUGGAUUAAAAAUUAAUUUAGAACAAGAAUUAUUAAAAAAAGCUAAAGCACUUAAUCUUUUUCUUGUACAUCAUGAUAAAUAUCAAAAUCGUUUUCUACAAAUUCAAAAAAUUCUUCAACCUACUAAAGACACAUUAGCACCAAUUCAAGAUAUUGAUACAAGGUGGAAUUCCACAUAUAAAGUUUUAGAAAGGCUUCUGAAAUUAAAACAAGCAAUUAAAUUAUUAUAUGAAGCAAUGCAAAAGGAUGAUAAUAAAGAAAUUCAUAAAGAUAGAAAUAAUUUAGCUACAUUAUAUUUAACAACAGAAGAAUGGAUCAGAGUUGAAGAAUUAACAUUUAUCCUUUAUCCAUUUUUCCAAGCAACAAAAUUUUUAAGUAGUUCAACUUAUUCAAGCAUCUUUAAUAGAUCCACGCUUCAAAUCUCUUAG